AUGUCCUCACAAGAAUAUACAACUUUUAUAGAUAUACCAGUGACAAGAGCGCAGGUUGAACACUGUUCUUACUCGUUUUGGUCCUCACUGUAUCCCAAAUAUGUGCCAAAAUCCAUAGUGUUAAAAUCCUUACCGAAAAAAUUUAUUCAAUAUUUGGAACAAGACGGUAUCAAGCUACCCCAAGAGGAAAACUCCAGGUCUGUGUACACCGAGGAAAUAAUAAGAAAUGAAGAUAAUGACUAUAGUGAUUGGGAGGACGAUGAGGAUACCGCCACCGAAUUUGUCCAAGAAGUUGAGCCAUUGAUAGAUUUUCCAGAAUUACACCAGAAAUUAAAGGAUGCUUUGAACGAAUUAGGUGCAGUGGCUCCCAAGUUAAACUGGUCUGCACCAAGAGACGCUACCUGGAUUUUGCCGAAUAACACUAUGAAGUGUAACGAGGUAAAUGAGCUUUACCUAUUGUUGAACGCAUCCAAUUACAUAAUGCAUGACCUUCAAAGAGCAUUUAAAGGCUGCGUGGACGGGGAUGAUAUAAAAGGAUUGAAAUUUGACUUGGUACUUAGACAAUGGUGUGAUAUGAAUCCGGCACUCGAAUUUAGGGUCUUCGUUAAGAAUGCGCAUAUCGUUGGGGCCACCCAGCGUGAUUUAAAUUAUUAUGACUAUUUAGAUGAGUUGUCAGAUACCUUCAAGGACCUUAUUGAUGAAAUAGUUCAUGAUGUCGUCCUGCCCAAGUUUCCUGAUAAAAGUUUCGUUCUUGACGUUUAUAUUCCAAGACCUUUCAAUAAAAUCUUCAUUGUUGAUAUAAAUCCGUUUGCCAGGAAGACAGAUUCUUUGCUAUUUUCAUGGAACGAGAUUGCUGCGAUAGCACCUCCGAAGAAUGAUGUUGAAGAUUAUGAAUUAAGGUUAGUGACGAGGCAUAACACGGGGAGAUUCGCUUCAAAAGAGCACUCCGAAAAUCAUGUUCCACAGGAUCUCGUAGAAGCUAGUUUAAAUCCUGAAGCAAUCCGAGAGCUCACUCAAAAAUGGAAAGAACUACUCUCUCAACAGGCAAAGGAAGAAAGCAGUGAUAGUGAGAAUGAAACUUAG